AUGCAGCUCCGCCUCGCCGCCAUUGUGGCGGUCGUUGUUCUAUUCUUCUCCGCCACUUCCGAUGCCCACAAUAUCACCAGCAUCCUAGCUAAGUUCCCUGAGUUCUCAACCUUCAACCACUACUUAACCGAGACCCACCUGGCGGAGGAUAUAAACAACCGGGAAACAAUCACCGUGUGCGCGGUGGACAAUUCCGGAAUGUCGGAUCUACUAGCCAAACACCUCCCUAUCAGCGGCAUCAAGAACGUGUUGUCCCUUCACGUGCUCCUCGACUACUUCGACGCCAAGAAGCUCCACCAGAUCACCAAUGGCACUGCACUCGCCGCCACUAUGUACCAGGCCACCGGUUCAGCCGCUGGAUCCUCCGGCUUCGUCAACAUUACCGAUAUGAAGGGAGGAAAAGUUGGCUUCUCCCCCAAGGACAGCAGCGGCGUCAUACAUGCUACCUUCGUCAAAUCAGUCCAAGCAAUCCCCUAUAACAUCUCUGUCAUUCAGAUCUCCAACAUAUUGCCUUCUUACGAGGUUGAGGCGCCUACUCCAGCCCCCAGCCAGCAAAAUCUCACAGCUAUAAUGUCUUCUCACGGCUGCAAAGUCUUCGCUGAAACUCUCCUAGCUAAUCCUGCUGAAAAGACAUAUGAGGAUGCUGUUGACGGUGGAUUAACCAUUUUCUGCCCUGGAGAUGAUGCCAUGAAGAACUUUUUACCUAAAUACAAGAAUUUAACUGCUGCAGGGAAGCAAGAUCUGCUAGAAUUUCACGGAAUGCCGGUUUACCAGUCACUGUCAGGUUUAAAAUCUAGUAACGGCCUCACCAACUCACUGGCCACUGAUGGUGCCAGUAAAUAUGAUUUCACCGUACAGAAUGAUGGAACUGAAGUAACCUUGAAGACGAAGCUCGUUACUGCGAAAAUCAUCGAUACUAUAAUCGAUGAGCAGCCGUUGGCCAUUUUUUCGCUGAAUAAGGUUCUAUUGCCGGAGGAGUUGUUCAAGUUAGCUCCGACGCCAGCUCCAGCACCAGCUCCUGAGGCCGAUGCUGACGCUCCUGCGCCAUCCAAGAAGAAGCACAAGUCCCCACCGGCGCCGGCUGCUCCAUCUGACUCGCCGGCGGAUGCACCAGAUGGGGAUGCAGCGGAUCAGACUGCGGACGGUAACGGAUCCGUUGGAUAUAAUGGAGGAAGAUUUGUGGCUGUAAUUUUGACUAUCUGGUUUGUAUUUUUACAGCUGUAA